ACAACCAUGAACCUGGAAGACAACACAAAGUGGCUCAUGUGGGUAGCCAAGCAGUUUGAGAAUAUUGCUGGUGACAAUAAAGAAAUCAACUUGGAACAAUUCAAAACAGCACUUAAAGUGAAGGAGUCUUUUUUUGGUGACCGGUUCUUCGCUUUGUUUGAUUCCGAUGAAAGUGGAACCAUCAGCCUGGAUGAGCUCCUGAACACCUUAAAACUGCUGAUCCAUGGGAGUGAAACCGACAAGCUCCGGUUCCUCUUUCAGGUCUACGAUGUGGAUGACCAGUACCGUGAACCGGGCCACAGAGGCAGCAGUGCUGCAAGUUGGCUAAAGCCGCCCACAGCUCCCCGGAAGAGCCAAAUCCCACACAUCCUGAGUCCUGUAUAUUGGUACAACAACAAGAACAAGCUUCUUCUGCUGGGUAGCUAUGCAUGUGUGAACAUUAUCCUCUUCACCUUGGCUGCCCUAAAGCAGGCUGGCUCUGGCCUUUGGAUCGUGGUGGCCAGAGGCUGUGGGCAGUGCCUGAACUUCAACUGCGCAUUCAUACUGGUGUUGAUGUUACGCCGAUCUCUCACCUGGCUAAGGACCACCUGGAUAGCUAAAGUUUUGCCCCUGGACCUGAACGUCAUCCUGCAUCAGCUGAUGGGAUACAUAGUGGGUGCUCUAACUCUCCUCCACAUGGGAGCUCACAUCAUCAAUUUUGUGAGGCUGUCUCAGGCCAAAGGAGGGUAUCGUCUCUGGGAAUACCUUUUCACCACCCGCCCUGGCAUUGGAUGGAUUCAUGGAACUGCCUCUCUGACGGGUCUUCUCCUGCAGCUCCUCACUUCCCUGAUGCUCGUGUGUUCCACUACCUUGGUCCGCAGGAGUGGUCAUUUUGAGGUCUUCUACUGGACUCACCUUUUCUACAUCCCCAUCUGGGUUUUGCUGAUUGUUCACGGUGCUAAUUUCUGGAAGUGGUUUGUGAUCCCUGGGUCUCUCUUCCUGGGAGAGAAGGCCUUUGCAGCCACUUUGUCACGGGUCGGUGGGCUGUACAUUGUGGAAGUCAACCUUCUACCCUCCAAGGUGACUCAUUUGGUGAUUCAGAGGCCCCCCUUUCUCCACUACAAACCUGGCGACUAUGUGUACCUGAACAUUCCGGUCAUCGCCCGGUAUGAGUGGCACCCCUUCACUAUCAGCAGUGCUCCAGAGCAGCCAGACACCAUCUGGUUGCACAUUCGAUCCCUGGGACAAUGGACCUACCGGUUACAUGAGUACUUCUGGAACUUUCAGGAGCCCUUGGAAGACAACCCCAAAUUGCAUCGUAUGCGAAAAGAAGCCUCCUGCAGCCACAGUAAUUCUUUGGAUGAGAAUAUGAAGCUUCAGAAGGUAGACUUCAUCUGGAUCAAUCGAGACCAAAAGUCCUUUGAGUGGUUUGUCAGCCUGCUUACCCAGCUGGAAGCCAUGCAAGGGAGUGAAGAGCCCACGGCCUGUUUCCUGGAGAUGCAUUUGUACAUGACCUCAGCACUUAACAAGAGUGACAUGAAGGCUGUGGGCCUGCAGAUGGCCUUGGAUCUACUUGCAAAAAAAGAAAAGAAAGACUCAAUCACAGGCCUCAGGACGAGAACAAAGCCCGGGAGGCCAGACUGGAAACAGCUCUUUCAGAAAAUCGACAAAGAAGACAAAGGAAAAGUCCAGGUUUUCUUCUGUGGCUCUCCGGCUCUUGCCAAGGUUGUCAAAGCUCAGUGUGAACAGUUUACCUUUCCCUUUUUCAGGGAAAACUUCUAG